UUCGAGCCAUUUAGACUGCUUGGUACGAAGGUGACUAACCCACCACCACGAAUGCGCAUUGCCCGUUGCUCUUUGUGACAUCUCCGAUCAAACAAGUUGAUCUUCUUUCCUUGCUUGUUUCCGUUUCCUCUUUCUAUCUCCCCCCCUCUCUCUGGUUUUGGUCUCGAACAACUCUUAAACUCUUAAUCUCGACUCAAAUUCGAUUCGAUAUGGAAUGAAAGAGAAUGCACGAGAGGGGGAGAGAGACAAAGAAAACUUGGGUUCAAAGGAAGGAAAGUUGGAGAGAUAAUUGUGUAGCAAACAAGACAAGAGCAAAAGGAUGAUUGAACCAGAGCAAGAUGAUCAAUGGAGAGCACCUAAAGAUUUAGAGAAGAAAUUGGCAUUACGACUUGCUGAGUUAAAUGAAGAAGAAAAAACACAUCCGAAGAGUCAUCCAUUAGAAGAGGGGCCAAAAAACCAAAAGAAAGAAAGGAAAGGAAAAGAAACCGUCGUUAUAAACGAAUUGAUGUUCGGCGGCCCAUUUGCAGAAGAAAAUUCUAGCAAAUUUGUCUUGAGGAAGAAAGGCUACAUUAUCAAAGACAAGCUGGUAAUCCCACCAAAUCCCUUACCCGAAACAUUUCGGUUUUCAGAAGAAACCUUGAGCAGAAUUGUGUUGAGGAGGUCAGGCUACACAUUCACCGAUGAAAUGUACCAGGAGAAGAAACUGAUACAACUGCUAUUAGUUGCACUUUGUAGUUAUUACACUUUUAGUAAACUGUAUAUGAUUUUUAUAUAUCUAGGGACAAUAAUUUUGAAGACUUUAAAAUAAAACUGUAUGAUAUUUAUAUGUGGACAAUAUUUUUAAGACGAAGGUUUAUACUUUGGCAUUCUACUUCAC